AUGACCACCCGGCAAGAAGCUAUCGCGAUCCUCAUCCUCAUCGGAAACGCUGCACGUAGGCUCAUACCUCAACCUCUAUACCUCUACCCCGUUCUCAUCACUCUCCCCAUCAUCUGUUGCGCCGACUCGGGCGCCUUCAACGUGACCCCGCGUCCGUCUAGCGGCUUCGGCAGGCUGUUCAAUGCGAAGUGCUUCCCUCCGGCUACCUCACCAGGAUUGUCUUCGCUCCCUGCAGUUCCUCCGCGCACCGGUGAAGAUGAAGAAACCACAGUGCCGUGUACCCAGGCAAGUCCGGCUCUUAUCCCCGCAUUGAAAGACGGGGAAUCGGCAGAGCCCGGCGGAAGGCACCACGUCUGCCGCCUGCUGUCCUCGCCCUCUACCGGCAGCAGUCAUGCGGCUGAUCGAGGACAGGGGGCUGACAUCGUGGGGCGUACGCAGAACACGGUGAAGUACUCGAUGGAGGACGCUGCGGAGGAGGACGUGAACGAGGACGGCGCGCAACCCGCGAGGGAUAGCGUGUACGAGCAGCAGGGCGGACACGCGCGAACCACAUUGGCAAUACUUCCGGCGAAGGCGCUUUCGACUUUUGUCUUCCUCGUGGCACAUAACCCUGCUAGCGGCUACUUCGCGACCAAGACGGACGAUUGUGAAGGACCAGGUCGUGAACGUCAAGGCGGGGCGUAUGACCUCAUGGAGCAGGACCAGUCGUCGUUUGUCGUCAAGCGCUGCUUGGCCUUUCAGGGCAAGGAGAACCUCUGUCUCGUUAUGAACGGGCAUGCAACUACGUCGCCGAGGCAGUUCUUGACGUGGAACGUUUAUACCGGCUUGGUACUGUACAUCGUCUCGGGCAGUGUCCGAAUCGUCGCCGUCCAAGGGCGUGCGAAUGACGGCAAGUCCGGUGGCUACCGAAACAUUCAGGGCGACGAGGUCCACGACAACUGCGGCGCGUACAGUGAACGAGAGGCGCGGCAAGCGGCAGGGAUGGCGAGCGGCGAGAGCAGCCGGGAGGUCGUCCUUCUUGGUCCUGAAACCACCGGGCACGAGUUCGAUUUGAGUUCGGAGAGAGUCGUCCUGCACACUAAGAUGGUGGACGCGUCGGAUUUAUCUGAAGAUGGCUGUCAUCUCGAGGUCAUCGGUUCCAUCCGCCGGACUAUGGUGGAGGGCAGCCGAACGUAUCUCAUCAUAUGGACCGAAAUCACUGAAGGCUUCAAGGCCCUGCCAUUCGAUGAUCCAGGACCGGACGGUGAAGAUGAAGACAUAGUCCGCCGGGCACGAGAAGAUGCCGAAGGGUGCCUUAUUCCACUGUCUGAAGUCGUGGCACAACUCUCCGACGAUCGAAGUGGCGUGGCCGAGGACAGUGUGGAUGGGGACACUGAGAAUGCGCGGGGUGAUGUCGAGGCUAGCGGUGGCGGAGAUGUCAUAACCGGCAGCCCUACGAUGGCGGCGCAUGUUCCCAUGGACGAGGAGAAGGACGAUGGCGAUACGCUCUGGGAGAAUGUGAGCGCCAGUGCCAUCAGCUACUUAGCUGCACACCCUUCUCGAUUUGAGGGUGCCAGAGAGGUCCACAUUGUGCGACCCGCAUACACCUUCAGAGGUUUCUGGCCCAUUCAACUCUUCGUCCGCAAGGAAGUUGGCAAUGUCUUGAAAAGCUUCAUCAUGAGCCCUCCCCUGGCAAUGUUGCCGGCGCGUGCCUGA